AUGCAUAUCCGGGACAUGGUGGCCGAGGCCGAGCGGUCGAAACAGCCGUCGUUCUCGUUCGAAUACUUCCCGCCCAAGACGGCACAGGGCGUGCAGAACCUGUAUGAGCGGAUGGAGCGGAUGCACCUGUUCGGACCCAAGUUCAUCGACAUCACCUGGGGCGCCGGCGGGCGGAUCGCGGAGCUGACGACGGAGAUGGUGGCCCAGGCACAGACGUACUUUGGGCUGGAGACGUGCAUGCACCUGACGUGCACGGAUAUGGGCGAGGACGGGAUCAACGACGCGCUGCGGCGGGCGUACCAGGCCGGCUGCACGAACAUAUUGGCGCUGCGCGGAGAUCCGCCGCGGGAUGCCGACAGCGACGGCUGGGUGGCGGCCGACAGCAAGUUCCGCUACGCCAAGGAUCUGGUGGCGCACAUCCAGAGGCACUACGGCGACCAUUUUGACAUUGGCGUGGCCGGCUAUCCGGAGGGCAGCGACGACAACAGCAACGAAGACGAGCUGCUGGAGCACCUGAAGCAAAAGGUCGACGCCGGCGCCUCCUUCAUCGUCACGCAGAUGUUCUACGACGCCGACAACUUCUUGCGCUGGUUGGCGCGCGUGCGAGCUGCUGGCAUCACCGUGCCGGUGCUGCCGGGCAUCAUGCCGAUUGCGACAUACGCAAGCUUCUGGCGGCGGGUCAACCACAUGGGCUGCCGCGUGCCGGCUGACUGGCUGGCCGCCCUGGAGCCGGUCAAGAACAACGACGACGCGGUGCGUGAGAUCGGCAAGACGCUCGUGGCCGGGCUCUGCCGCGCGAUUCUGGCCGGCGGCGACAUUGUCCACCUGCACUUUUACACCAUGAACCUGGCCCAGGCAACACGCAUGGUUCUCGACGAUCUUGGCUGGCUGCCAUCGGCCGAUCGGCCACGGCCUCCACCGGCGCUGCCAUGGCGCCAGUCGCUGGCUCUCGGCCGCCGCGACGAGGACGUGCGGCCCAUCUUCUGGCGCCACCGCGGCAAGUCGUAUGUCGCCCGCACAGCUGACUGGGACGAGUUUCCGAACGGCCGCUGGGGCGACUCGCGCUCGCCGGCUUUUGGCGAUCUCGGCAGCGCCUACGGCGCCGGUCUGCCUGGGUCCAGCGCCCAGAACCGCGCUCGCUGGGGUGCGCCUCGCUGCAUCGCCGACGUUGCCGCCCUCUUUGUGCGCUAUCUCCUCGGCGAUCUCGCCUCGCUGCCCUGGAGCGACUCUCCCCUCACUGGCGAGGCCGACUUGAUCCAGCCCGACCUCGUCGCCCUCAAUCGCCGCGGCCUGCUCACCGUCAACUCCCAGCCUGCCGUCGACGGCGUUCCCUCGUCCGAUCCUGUUCAUGGCUGGGGCCCCCCCAACGGCUUCGUCUACCAGAAGUCCUACCUCGAGCUUCUCGUCCCACCCGCUCUCUACCCGGCUCUCGCCGACCGCGUUCGCGCUCAUCCCCAUCUCACAUUCCACGCCGGCUCCCGUCAUGGACCUCUCGAGACCAACGCCCCCGCUGAUGGCCCCAAUGCUGUCACCUGGGGCGUCUUUCCCGGCAAGGAGAUCGUCCAGCCCACCAUCGUCGAGAGCAUCAGCUUUCUCGCCUGGAAGGAUGAGGCCUUUCAGCUUGGCGCUGAAUGGGCCCGCUGCUACGACGUCGGCAGCCCCAGCCGUGCCCUGAUCAGCCAGAUGAUGGACGAGUGGCAUCUGGUCACAAUCGUCAACAACAACUUCCACCAGCCACGGACUAUCUUCACCGUCCUCGACGGACUCGCACUGCCUGACAUCGACAAAGAGGUCGAGGGCACCGCCGAUACUACCGCCUCGGCUGUCAAGGUCAACGGUGCCGCCACCGUCGCCAUCUAG